UCCUGAUGGUCACUCUCGUUAAUUUUUUGACAGAAGUGGUCGAUCGAAAUUUUAUUUUUGGGUGUCACCGUUGAAAUGGCUACGGCAGCCGACGACACACCAGACGCAUCGAAUGCGAAUAACAGUGAAAAUGAGGAAGAUAAAAAUUCUGCGAACGGUGCGUUUGAUUGCAACAUAUGUUUUGAUCCAGCAAAAGAUGCUGUGAUCAGUAUGUGCGGCCAUCUGUUCUGCUGGCCUUGUCUCCAUCAGUGGCUUGAAACCAGGCCUCGUCGACAAGUAUGUCCUGUAUGUAAAGCUGGAAUUUCUAAAGACAAGGUUAUUCCUCUGUACGGGAGGGGAGAUUCGAAGCAAGAAGAUCCUCGACAGAAACUCCCUCCCAGACCGCCCGGCCAACGUUCGGAACCCGAAACACAGAGUGGUUCUUUCGGAGGAUUUGGUUUCGAUGGAGGUUUCCAAAUGUCAUUCGGGAUUGGAGCGUUCCCAUUUGGAUUCUUCACUUCAUCUUUUAAUUUUGGUGACCCACGCCCUCCAGCUCGCAUAGGAAACUUGGCUGUAGUUAGUUUUGAUGAGACUGCGCAUAGGACGUUAUUCGCAGAAGAGGCGCCGCUUUUCAUUAAUUUUGGACGAGAAGAGCAAUUCCUAUUCCCAGGUUAUUGGACAUUGCUGCCAAUUUUUGAGAGCACUGAUCGCAAGCUGAAGAAUAGCACACGUUCAAUUCUGUUCUUGGGUGAGGCAAAUUCGGAGGUUUCAUGGAGUGGGCUUGGUGCCUUUUUGAAGAGCGUCGAUCUUGAUGAGAAGAUUAUUCUUUCCAAAUGCGCUGUUGAUCGUCGCUCCACUGUGAUUCAUCAUUAUUCUUCUGAAAAGCUUGUGUAUCCUAUCCUUCGAUAUGGGUUAUUGAUAUCCAGGCCUGCAUUCGACUCGCUUUUGUUGGCUCUACGUCGAGAAGCGCCGCGUGAUGCUUUUUCCAUCGACGCAGGGUAUGAAUUCGCAGCGUUUGCGAAAGGAAAAGCCGGCUUAGUGGUGACAGCAGAUGAGAGAUUCUGUGCUAUACAUGAAGCCUCUGAACGCUGUGCUGUGAUUUCGGGUCAUCCACAAAUGAGCUCCUGUAUCUGUAGCAGCGGCGCUGGAAUCUGCUCAGAUAUAUACGUUGCUGUGAAGACUUUUCAUGGUCAUCAUGCCACGAGAGUGCCUAUUUUGAAAAGAACAUGGGUGCCUUUCAUUACUGGUGGCAUUGGAUUCUUCAGUGAUAUUGAUGACCCGGAAGUGCCAACGAUCGAACAGAGAGUACCAAAUACGCUGAAAGGUCAUUGUUCCAAAACCUUGGAUAUCAUUAAUUAUUUUGUUGAAAAUCUGAAGGAGUAUUUGUGGCUAUUUGUUGUUGACGAUGACACUCUGUUGAGCCCCCGAAGAUUAUGUUCGAGGGUCCAACAGCUUGAUCCAUCGUCACUUAUUUCACUUGGUCAACGAUACGGAUUUUCGGUCAACGUGAGAAAAGGCCGUAUGGGCUACAAUUAUUUGACUGGUGGGGCUGGUAUUUUAUUGAGCCGAGCUGCUGCUGUUGCGUUGCUGAAGUUGGGUUGUGCGUGCCAAAAUGCUGACGAUCCGGAUGACAUGAUACUCGGUGCUUGCAUGACUGCUGCUGGAGUAACUGUACUUCACUCUGACUCAUUCCAUCAGGCUCGUCCUGUGGAUUACCCUGAAGAAUACUUGAUGGGAGAGAAAGCUAUUACUUUCCAUAAGUUCGAUGGAAUUGACGCCGUUUCUCCCGAAGUCGUGUUCUCUACUUGGCUCGAUUGUUCGACACUGAAUGUCGGCAAGCAAGAACUGUAGUUGUGUCGAACAAGAGUUUCUCAGCAUAUGCUUGAGCUAGGACGGUACAGUAUUCCUCUUUUGAUGAAACAAUGUUUUUUUUACUCGAGACGUUGGAUGACAUAGACAAUUAUUGAUGAAUGCAAUGUGAGCGGGCUUCUACGUUGCGUAAUUUCACUCGUUUGAUCGGUGCUACUUGAUUGGAUUGCCGUUAGAAAUAUAUUCCCAGCUUUUAUUAGGAAAUCAUUCGUUUUUUCCUUCGUGAAUUGAAGUGAUCGAAUGUUGAUGUCGGCGUGGCUACCGUUUUUCUGUUGGAAAUGUUUGGGGAAAUAAAAUGCUUUUGUUUUGUCGAUGAAA